CUGUGCACCGUGUUCCCAGUCUGCAAACACAGUCCCUGGAUGUGGAGUCAGGGACACAAAACAAGAGGCGCAGAACAGAAGCACAAGCUGGGCCUUUGUUCACAUUGUACUCAGCACCUUUAGAAAGCUAACUGUACACUGGAUUGGGCCCAGCCCCACUGGAGUCACUCAGAGUAGGUGCAGCCUGUGCCCCAUUGACACUGGGGAUAGUCCCUGAGGUUUGUUAAGGCUGCAGCUGCAUUUGCUACUUCUUGCCACACAAUGCUUGGCUCAAAUAGACUGCUAAUUUUGUAUGCCAGUUCACUCCUCCUCGUCCAUGUCCUCAGCUCAGACACAUUGAAGCCUUCUAAAAACAGGAAAAAGGGUCAUGCCAAAGGAAAGGAGAGUUCCAAUAAGGACAAAGGCCACGGGAAAACAUCUCCAGACCCCGUGCUGGGUGUAAAUUCUUUUGCUCCUUCACAAAUUUAUAGUUUAGUGGAGGAAUAUGAACAAAGUUUAAUGGAGAUGGUGAACCAGCUGCGAAAUGGCUCAGAACCUUCUGGUGGAAAAUGUGAAGUGAACCUGAGGCUUUGGCUUUCUAACCGAAGAAGCCUAUCACCCUGGACUUAUAGCAUAAACCAUGAUGAGAACCGUAUCCCAGUCGACAUACCAGAAGCUCGAUGUUUGUGCUCUGGCUGUGUCAACCCUUUUACCAUGCGGGAGGACCUGAGCAUGUCCAGCAUUGCCAUCUAUAGCAAGAUACCCGUACGCAGGCGUUUUUGUGAGAACAGCUUAGAAGGACUGAGGGGAAGAAGAAGGAAGAAGUGCCACAAAGAAUACACCGCUGUCAUGGAGAACAUAGCUGUAGGCUGUACCUGUAUCUUCUGAAGACAGUGCUGCCUCCCAUCCUCUCAUAUCUUCAUUCCUGUAUACAUAGAAAUACAGUAGCAAUGUGAGUCAAAAGUCAGUCAUUUAGUGACAGAACACAUAUGCACUGUGUGCCUUUCUCUCUGUGCUAUGUGUAAAAGUAAACUUUUCUAUUUAUUUCAUGAUACUCCACAAACACAAAAAUUACUGCAAACAAUACUUGUCUGGAAUAUAACUCAAGGCAACGCAUCUACUAAUAAAAAGCAAUCAAUGGUAAAUCUCUUAUAUACCGUAUAUAAACAUGACUUUCUGUCUG